AUGGUAGACGCUGAUAUCGGUGGCAGCGCGCAUCGUGAAGACCACAUCUCAUCUGAUUAUCUGCAGGACCUUGAGCGUUUCGUGCAGUCGGUGCAGGAUGGAUUGUCCCAACUUAAAUCUGUUGGCUCGAAUCGUUCGGGCGGCGCCGGCGAUCCCCAGGGGAUCCUCUCAAGCCCGAUGACUACAGAAAUUUCAGCAACAAGGGAUCCACGACUGUCGAUGCGACGUCGCCAGAGCUCUACGGUCACACGGGCGAGUCCGUCCAGCUUCGAAAGUAUGCUCAAAUUGGCCCAGUCCUCGUUGACAGACAAUGGCACAAUCCCGAGUAUCAACGAAGAGGUCUUCAGCGUGACUUCAUGUGAAGCUGCCACGGCGGAGGAAGAUUCUAUAGGAGCUCUCGUUCAUGCCGGACACCCCAUCCUUGCUCUUGGCGAAUCGACUGCCAAUUCUCUUGUCGACACUUUCGCCUCUCACGUUGGCGUUAUGUACCCCUGCGUCGACAUGGCCACCAUUCGGCGCAAUCUAACCCAUCUUUACCAUCUGAUAUCCAGCUCCGGUCGAGGGUCGACUGCGAACCUGCGGCUUAUCGACAUAGAGAUACUCAAAGCCGUCAUGAUGGUGGGCGCCGCUGCCAAGUCUUCGGAGCCGUCUAGUCUGGCCGAAACCCUCGAGCAGAGUCUGCUCUGGACCGCGCAAAGUGUCUGUAGCCAGGAGUCGGUGGAGAUCGAGGACGUUGUUAUGUCUUGUUUGAUGUGCAUCUACUUCUUUCAUCGAGACGAACGCCAGAAAGCGUGGAGAAUGGCCGGUAUUGGUGCACGCACAGCUCUGGAAUUAGGUCUCGAUAUUCACGAACCCCAUGAAGUAUGCGGUGUGCAAAAGACAACCUCCGAAUUCGAACAAAGUGAUUCCUACGACCUUCGACGCAGAUUACUCUUCUGCUGUGUCUAUGACCUGGAUAGUUGGAGCAGCUUCCUGACAGGCCUUCCUCGUGUUUUGUCAACUCAGCUACCACCAGAUCACCUCAACUGUUUGCAACCACGAACUCACAAAUAUCUUCGUGCCAUGCUCGAGAUGGACCGCAUUGGAGCGGACAUCUUCGCUCUGCUGAGAGAACCGGAUCAGGCCGCCGACUCUCUUGGAACUAGGACGGAUUAUUUGGAGUUCCGACUUAAGAACAUGGAACGCACGACAGGCUUAGAGAAGGUUUGGUCAGAAGAAAAGGACCAGGACUGUGCGAUUCCAAGAGCCGUACAACUAUUCAUACAAACGAGGGCUAAUCACUUUCGUAUCUCGAUACAACUCCGAUUGCUGGCUUCGGCGAGAAUAGCGGCCACUCGACCACACUUUUUCCAAGCAUUGGUGGGUGCCGCAGAUGACAACGUGUGGGUGUGCAAGACCGCGUGGGAGGGUGGAUCCAUUCCUGCGCUUUUACGACCAACGUUUGUUCACUUCCUCAUGGCGGCCAUAUCAGCUAUGGUCCUUGCUGCUAUCUACGAUCCCGGCAGAUAUAGCGUCGAGUGUCGGCGCCCAUUCGAGGCAGGACUUGAGAUGCUCGAAGCUUGGUACCACACGCCGCGCGGAAUGGACUCACGACAUCGAUACUCCCUCGCGAAGCUGCGCAAUCUGGGGCGAAGGGUCCGUAUCUCCAACAACAAGGCCGGUGAUGGUUCUUUGAUCGAUGACGACUCUGCCGUUGAGCCGUUAACCGCAUUCGCCUUGCAUGAUACAUCCACGUCUGACACAAAUCUCGAGCAGAGCUGGAAUACCCUGACUGAUGAUGCAUUCACAAUCGGAGGCAUGAGUACGCAAAUGCAACCGUGGGAUGAAAGGUGGUUAGACUCUGUAUUUAACGAUCAAUGCAGCUGGAGCUCGCGACAGCGAGAAACGUCCCAUCUAUAA